CGCCUUGGAGGAAAAUGCUCCCUGUCUGCCGCCACUCCGGUGGCCACCUCCUCUUUUUGCUUCUCCUGCUGCCCUCGACGCCCCUGGCCCGUGGGCCAGCAUCCUCGGGCCCCGCCGCCGCCCUGCUCCGGGCUCUCGGGCUGCAGGAAGCGCCUGGGGUCGUCCCUACGCUCCGACCUGUCCCUCCUGUCAUGUGGCGCCUGUUCCGCCGCCGCGACCCCCAGGAAGCCAGAGUGGGGCACCCUCUGCGACCAUGCCACGUGGAGGAACUGGGGGUCGCCGGAAACAUAGUGCGCCACAUCUCGGAUAGCGGUCUGUUCUCCAGGUCCCCAGAGCCCGCCAGGACCUCAGGGCUGUGCCCCGAGUGGACUGUCGCCUUCGACCUGUCCAGCGUGGAGCCCGCUGAGCAGCCUACACGCUUGCGCCUGGAGUUGCGGCUGGAGGCUGAGCGCGAGGACACGCGAGGGUGGGAGCUAAGUGUGGCGCUGUGGGCCGAGGACGAGCGUGCCGGGCCCGAGCUGCUGCGCGUGCCGGCGCCACCCGGGCUGCCACUGCGUGUCGACCUACUGGGGACUGUAGUGGCGGCCAACGCGUCGGUGCCGCGUACCCUGCGCCUGGCACUGUCACUGCACCCGAGGGCCGCCGCCUGCGCGCACCUGGCUGAGGCCUCACUCCUACUGGUGACGCUGGACCCGCGUCGGUGUCCCCUGCCGCGACUGCGGCGCCACACGGAGCCAGGGGCGGGAGGUGGUCCUGGGGGCGCGUGUCGCACCCGACGGUUGCAUGUGAGCUUCCGUGAGGUGGGCUGGCACCGCUGGGUGAUAGCACCGCGUGGCUUCCUGGCCAACUUCUGCCAGGGCACGUGCGCACUGCCUGACGCACUGCGGGGACCCGGCGGGCCGCCUGCACUCAACCACGCUGUGCUGCGCGCGCUCAUGCACGCAGCUGCUCCCACCCCGGGCGCAGGUCUGCCCUGCUGCGUGCCCGCGCGCCUAUCGCCCAUCUCCGUGCUCUUCUUCGACAACAGUGACAACGUGGUGCUGCGCCACUACGAGGACAUGGUGGUGGAUGGGUGUGGCUGCCGCUGA